GGUGCAGUGCUCUUCUUUGUCAAAAUUGUAUGUAAUUCGCUAUUAACUAUUUGAUUAACUUCAUGUAAUAAUAUUAAAGGAAGAAGAUUUAAAAUGGGAACUAGAUUUGUAUUUAAAUCAGUUUUUAUAUUAGUGUUAUUAGCUGAAGUUAUACCGAUUCAAUUGUCACUUCAAGAAGGAGAAGAAAUUAAAGAAAACAAUGUUGAUAAUUCACAAUUAAAUGAUUGUAUCAGUGUCAGAAGAGGCACAGAGAUCGGUGUAUGUUUUGGGAAGGAAUUGCUUAAUAAGUUAAAUAACUACGACGAAGCGGAGUCGUUUAGUUUGGCUACGGGUGUAUCGUUAAUUAGAGAUGAGAAAACUCCGAGAGAUUUUGGAAGCUUUCUGGAUAAAGACCCAAUGGAUUUUCGAUCAAUAAUAGAAGAUGCAAGUCACCUCAUCUCCAAAAGAUCUCUGCAAUGGGAUAUGACUGGGUUAUAUCCAGGCCUAGUAAUGAGGAUUGGUCCAACGUUGGCUAAUGGAGUGCUGGAGUUUGUGGUCGACCAAAGGAUUAAAGACCGGGCUUAUCAUCAACCUUAUGGUGAACUAUCUACGGGAAGACUUCUAGCAAGGAAUCUUCUAGUGCCAUUCCUUCUGGGUUUCAAGUUCCAAAUUUCGACCCUUCUUCCAUUAUUACUAGGAUUAGUACUUCUAGCUAGUAAAAAAGCCUUUCUUUUAUCGAAGUUGGCUCUUCUGGCUGUCACCGUAUUUAGUAGUUCUGGUUUUGGUCAGUCAUUUGGAGGGUACACUCCUUCUCUUGCAUCAUAUACUUCUUACGAGCAUCCUACUCAUUAUCCUGACCAUCAUAGUUCUGGAGGUUACUACCGACAUCCUCAUCACGAAUAUUAUUACAAAGAAAAAUCAGCCGAAUCCACCACAGGAUCUCCGAUAACUCCUGAUGAACUACGAGAUAGGCUCGAAAGACUCUUCGUUACUAAAAAAGACGAACCGAUUAGAGAUGACGGCAAAAUCAGGACCAGCAGAAAUUUUGUAUGGACGCCUAUUAACACAGGCUGAAUCUGUAAUGUCUUAAUAUCAUGAAAUCUUGUGACGUAUUGUGAAAUAUAGUAUAAAUAUAUUAAGAAAAUAUUUCUAUAAUAAUUUUAUAAUACCUUAAUUUCGAGGGCUGAAACGAAAAAUUCAACUUUACCUUUUUUGACACUUUAAAAGUUGUUUAACGCUCUUCUAGUCAGUGUUUUUAACGUUGGAUAUUAAAACUGUUUAUUAUUGGUUCAGAGUCCUAUUUUUUUUUGUUGUUUUCUAAAAUAAACAUAAUAAUUAUUACUUUUAAUAAUAAAUUCUGAAUUCUUAUAUUGCUAAAAAAUUUUC